GCUGCUGCUUCACUCUCUCUCUUUACAGAAAGUUGUAGAAGUUUUCAGACGUGUCACUGCUGGAUGUGAGGAUGGGAGCCACUUUGCUCUGUGAGCUGGGCCUAUUCUUGCUUUGUACACUUCUCUGCACUGGACACGCUCAAGAUGCUGUGCUAACUAUUCAACCCAGCUGGUCCAGUUUUUUCACCGGGGAGUUUGUUACCUUCAAAUGUAACAUGAACAAAGGAAAAGACAGUAAAUGGGAAUACAAAAUUAACAAGAAUGGUCGAGAAUUUAUCCAGUACAACACACUGAAAAACUACAGAUUAGAAAUUAGAUCUACUGGUGACAGUGGUGAAUACCAGUGCUCAAGUCGUACAAAGAGCUCACAUAAACCAAAGCACAGUAAUACUGUCUCUCUAACUGUAUUAGCACAUAAACCCAGGGCCACACUGACAGCAGAAACAACAAUCAUACCAGUAGGGGGCAGUGUGACACUGACCUGCUCUGUGCAGAGCUCUGAUGGAUGGAAAUAUGAGUGGUUCACACAAACCCAAAGAACCUCUGAAGGUAAAAUCAGAGAUCAACAAAACAGAGAUAUCAGAGUAUCUGAAGGAGGAAUCUACAGCUGCAGAGGAACAAGAGGAAACCCAGUUUACUACACUGAUAGAAGUGAUGAAGUCACCAUUGAGAAAACCUUUUCCAAUAAAGUUGUUGUAAAACAACGACCCAACUGGCCUCAGAUAUUCAGAGGUGAGACGAUCACUCUGACAUGUGAGGUGCAGGAAGGAGGUGAAACCACUGCGUGGGAGUAUGAAUGGAGAGGACCCAGGACACCCACACAGUGGACGCACAAUAAUGAUGUGACAUUCAGAGUUUCUGAGUCCAGCAGUGGAGACUACAUGUGUAAGAGUCGACGCAGAGAUGACUCAUAUUCUUCAACAGAGUGGAGUGAAGCCUUCACAUUGUCAGCAUCAACAGAUCAACCAAAGUCCCAAAUAAUAUCUGAUAUGAGAAACAUCCCAGUAGGAGGAAAUGUGACCCUGACCUGCUCUGUGAACUCAUCAUCAUCAUCAUCUGGAUGGAAAUACUACUGGUACAGAGAUGAGAACUCAUCUGAACCUCUGACCAUACAAGAUGCAGUUUUCCACUCAAAUGGACAAAUCAGUGUCUCACAGGAAGGACUCUACAGGUGCAGAGGAGGAAGAGGAAACCCAGUUUACUACACAGAGGACAGCCAGUCAGUCAGGAUUGAUAAAAAGGCAGUACCUGAGCCUGAACGAUCUUCAUUUUUCACCUGGUUGAUUGUUGGACUCCUUUGUGGAAUUUUACUGAUUCUUCUUCUUCUUCUUCUGUUGUUGUAUGUCUUCAAGCGGUCAAAGGAUUCAUUCUUUGUCAGGACUCAGAACACAAAUCAGAAUGAAAUUCAGAGACAAAACAGUUCUCCUCUCCAAGAUGAUGCUUGUUUCUAUGAAUCAAUCAAAGACUGCGACGACACACAAAAUGCUGAAUCUGGGGAUUUCACAUAUUCUUUGAUUGAGUUAAAAAACUUCACAAUGAAAGAUGACAGCCAGUUCUACACACAGGUCUACUACAAUAAAGCUAAAUCCAAGAGAGACAAAUCUCCUGCAGCAACUGAUGAAGACGUUUACUCUGAAAUCAAGCCACAAACAGCUCUUGGUAAUGAGUACCUUCAAUAAGUUUUCAAGCAAGUAGAUUCGGUCCCAAAUCUGAAUUGAAGAGAUCAUUGUGGGGGAAAAAAGCUAAUGGACUGUAUUAUUAAAAUAGAGCUUUAUUAUAAAGUGAUGGCAAGCGUUGAGAUUAGGAUCUGUUUUCACGUUAGCAUGAGCACUUAUUCAUUUAUUUAUUUCUUUAAGUAUGUUUUUCUGUUACCUUGAAUUGAAUACGUAUCAUUUGACUCAUUUCAAAAAGCUUUUUUAAAACAAUAUUAUAAGUUGAUUAACUUUUUUUGUCAGUAGUUUUUGUUAUCUGAUUACGUGUCAUAU